UGAAGCCUGGCUAGAAAAUAUACACUUGAAUCAGUUUACUAUUAUACUUAUUUAAAUUUUAAUUUGACCGCUACAAUUUUAUGAUAUGUUGAUUGUGCGUGCGCUGUUAAAUUACAUACUUCUUCAUGACAAAAUUUUUUGAAUGUUGCUUUCUAAAAAUAAAAAGGUUUUGAAAUUAAUGUGCCCAAUGACAUGAAGAAAGAUGAGCUCUUUUGAUGAUUUGUGGUGUAGUGAUUGUGGCAAGAGUCAUGAAGGGAUGUGUAAGAAGCAUGGAGUUUUGCACAAAGUCCAGGAUGCCGUUAUCCCAUCCCGAGCACGUCUCACCCUACCAUCAUCUCUCACAUUGAAAUCUGUGAAAGAAAAUGGCACUGUGCACACAGCUGUGUUUUCUAAGCGUGUUAUUCCUGUGAGGUCACAGUUUGGUCCUCUGGAUGCACCUAUCAUUUCCAAAACCAAACUUGAAACAAAGCCAAAGAAAGAAACCACAGUAUGGAAAAAGAAAAAUGCAAUGCAAAAAUCGAUGGAGACUUCAUCACUGACACAAAACAGUGAUGCAUCAGAUGUCAACCAGUCAUCCAACGAUUUGCAUUCACCAAUUAUUGCAAAUGUUCGUAGUUUGCAGUCUAAGAGUAAUAACUCGGUUGGUGCUGAGGUUGCGAUAUCAAGUAUACAACAGCAGUUAAUGUCAAUAACCAGUCAGUCCAUCAAUCAGUCCGGAAUGGGAGAUGGUGGGCUACUUGGUCUUCAAGGCGGAUUAAAUCAACUUCCGUUGCAUUCGAGUCCCAUACAUAACCAUCCAGACCUGAAUCAGUUACAGCACAGUCUCCAAGACUUACCUGCCAUUGGUUUUCCCUCAGCACCUGGCAGCAUUCAACUUACGCAGGAAAAUAUACACUCCUUGGCACAACAAUACCACUCAACUUACGGGCAUAUUGAUUUACAAUCUGUCCAGCAACACUUGAACCCUUCUGACUUUGUUUCCUCAACUCCUUUGCAUCCUUCAGUUGGAACUGACCAAUCAGCUGGCAGUUUGUUAUUAGGUCCACCUCUAGAGGCUGAUGGCCAAUCAGCAGAGGACUCUGGAGUAGGUGACACCUCCAAUGUCAAUGCGAGUGACAGCACUGUAACAGAUAUGACCUCUGACACGGAACUGGAAGACAGCAUAGAGCAGGAUAUGUCAUUUGAAUUUAAGGUGUUGACAGAUGAUGGUUGUGUGGAGCUGUAUGAUACUUCGGAGGAAGACCAUUCUAACUGGAUGAUAUUUGUCCGUCCGGCCACAUCCUUCAAAGAACAAAACCUCAUUGCAUACCAGGAAGAUGGUCAGAUAUAUUUUGUUUCAUUGAAGCCUAUUCAGACAAAUACAGAGCUGAAGGUCUGGUACUCAAAGGAAUAUGCCAAAUCUAUAAAUAAAGGAAUGCUUCCAGCUGAACCAAUCACCAGACAGCUUGAUGACAAUAAACUACAGUGUCUGCAGUGUGAAGUUAAAUUCUCCGAUCAAGAUGAAAUGGAAAACCAUUUUUGUUUUAGCAAAAUCAAAGCUCGACGAAAAGGACGUCCAAGAAAAUAUGUGAAACCCACAAAAACUUGGAGGGCUAAAAUGGAGAAAACAAAAAUUAAAGAAUCUCAGCAACCACAAGACACAAAACUUACCAAUAUCGUAGAAUCUGGUGUGAAUACUGAAGCAAACAUAUCUCCCCCAGUGAAAAGGGGACGUGGCCGUCCAAGGACGAAAGGUUCAAUUGUUAAGAAUGAGCCGGUUAGAAAUACUGAGCAAAAUGUGAUACAACCGAUGGUUCAACAUUCUGUUCAACCACUGCAGCAACAAAAACCACAGCAGCAUCAGCAGCCGCCCACAGAUCAUUCGUUGAAGUUUGAAAUAGGUCAGGCUUAUCACAUUAAUCCAGAUGAUGACAAUGAUGAUGAUGACGAUGAUGGUCAUCAUGUUAUGCAGGAUCAGAGUUAUGACAAUGAUGUUGAUGAUCCUUUGUUUGAUGAGAAGAAACUUGUUAUCACAGAAGAUAGACCAAAAAAGAAAAGAGGUCCCAAGUCUUCCAAAACUCCUACAGCUUGCCCUCAUUGUGGAGAAACCUUUCAAGCUGAAGCAGCCUUCUAUCUACAUGUUUAUUCUCAUACUGGAAUAAAACCUUUCAUUUGUGAAGUAACAGGUUGUGAGCGUGGAUUUUUGUCAAAGUUUAAACUUGAACGCCAUAGACUGAUCCACACAAGUCCGCGUCACCAUAAGUGCUUAUAUUGUGACAAAAGUUUUAACCGUAAAGACCAUUUGAAAAACCAUAUGAUCACUCAUGAUCCAAAUAAGAAAAUCUGGAAGUGCGAACUUUGUGGAAAGGAAUAUUCUUAUAGUUUCUCUUACAGGACUCACAUGGCCUUCCAUGCCGCUGAUAGAGGUGAAACUCUAAGCUGCGGUAUUUGUAAGAAAAGUUAUGAAAACAAAGAACAGCUUCUGUUUCAUCUAAAAGUGCACACAGGUGCGAGAGCGGCUAAAAAUGCAACAGAAAAAACACAUCAGUGCUUUGAAUGUGGGAAGAAAUUCUUCACAAGAAAAGAUGUGAAAAGACACAUGAUAACGCACACCAAAAAGAAGGAUUUUCUUUGUCAGUUUUGUCCUCAAAGAUUCGGUAGAAAAGACCAUCUCACCCGCCAUUUAAGGACUACACAUACAGGUGAUAAUCAGACACCAGGACGGACAAGAAGAAAUACUGGAGACAGCGCAACUUCCUCGCCACCAAAACCAAAAAGAGAGCGACAGAUAUAUACCCAGAUGGAACCAACUAUGGUUCCCCUGCAGAUGGCCAUACCAGCAAUGCAACCUGAGGAUAUUCAGGAACAGCUGAUGAGUGGUGUUGCCGCAGCAAGUCAGUCAGGAAGUAUGUCAGCUACAUUAUUACAAAACUUACAGUAUGCCAUUAGUCAGACACCUGGACAUCAUGGUGCAGCAAGAGACAUUCAGAUUCCGGCUGUGUUGUAUGAAGCUGCUGCUGCAGCAAGUGCACAACAACUGCAAGAGCAGCAACAGCAGCAGCAACAACAGCAGCAGCAGCAGCAGCAACAAGCCCAAGCUAGUCAGAUUGCCGCUGCUUCAAUGAAUAAUAUACAGCCGCCACCUGGAAUGCCGACGGUACAACAUACCAGUUUGCCCAUGCAGUACCAGAUUAAUGAAAAAGGAUAUGUUCUGAAUAACUCACAGCCAGAGCAAGCGGUUGUUCGUCAAAUUCAGGUUUCACCAAACAUUGAAUACAAACACAUCACACAGCAAUUACAAGGCAAUAUGUACAUUGCAGCAGUAAGCAAUCCGUCCACACUGCAGCAUCAUCAACAACAGCAACAGCAAGUUCAACAGAUACAACUGCAGCAGACGCAACCACAACAACACCAGACGAUGUUGUCUGCAGGCAAGAUUGAACAACAGCCUAUAGAAAUAACACGUGCUAAUGGAAUAGCUGCAGCUCUACAACAGCCUCCAGAAUAUCAAAUUGCCACCGCACAGCCAGUUGCAAGCAUGGUUCAGUCUAAUUCCACUGUUACAGACCAGAAUAACAGAGCCCAAGUAUUAAUGGCAAGUCCUGUUGACUCCAGGCAAAAUCCCCACUCACAGGCAUACUCUACACUGCUUGGUUACAUGGAGACAUUAAGGUUUCUUGAAAACUUGCCAACUAAUAACACAAAUACGAUUCCACUGCAACAACUGCAGGCACUAAAUGUGGAUAUUUCACAAGGUCAAACGGCGCAAAUUAUACCUGCUCCAGUAUAUAAUACAGUCAGCGGCAGUAAUAUUCUGAACAUUAAUCAAGCAGAUUUAGCAAAGGGUGUAGUGACGAUACAACAUCCUCAUGCUGCCACAGCCCUUCAGUUAACCCCACAGGACAUUAAGAAUGUAGUAAGCCUUACUCAGACAGUAACACCUGUACAUCAUGUUACAUACCAACAACAACAGUCUUGAUUCUAUAAAUUGUUAUUUAUUAACAUCCUUUGCAUAACUGGCAGCCAUAUUUGUUAUUCCAAAGCAUAUCUUUCAGAGUAAAUAAUAGAUAUAAUGAUGACAUAAUGCAACUAAUAUUAAUAAAGAAAAGUGAAAUGAAUAUGUUAACAGAUUGUCCAGAUGUUUUGAGAAAUUGCCUUCUGCAGCAGGAACUAAAUGUGACCCUAAAAAUCUUGGGAAAAGCAAGUGAUUAUUAUAUAUUUACAUUUAUGAUAUUUUUAUCCUAAAAAUAGAAAUACAUGUAGUACUUUUUGAAAAUUAAGAUGUAAACACUGAAGAAUAUAGUUAGGAGUGAUUUCCUCUUAGUGGAUUCUCUUUCAGAGGUUACACUUGCAUUUUGUCAGAAUCAUGGCCUGUUUGGUACUUACAAAAUGUGAACUUGCUGGUUAAUUUUUAUGCCCCCCUGCGAAGAAGGGGGGGUAUAUUGUUUUGCAGAUGUCGGUCUGUACACCAAUCCAUUUUCGGAUGAUAUCUCAAGAACGCUUGGGCCUAGGAUCAUGAAAGUUGAUAGGGCAGUUGGUCAUGACCAGCAGAUGACCCCUAUUGAUUUUGAGAUUAGUAGGUCAAAGGUCAAGGUCUCAGUGACCUGGAACAGUUAAACGGUUUCUGGAUGAUAACUCAAAAAUUCUUAGGCCUAGGAUCAUGAAAGUUGAUAGGGAGGUUGGUUAUGACCAGCAGAUGACCCCUAUUGAUUUUGAGGUCAGUAGGUCAAAGGUCAAAGUGACUCGGAACAGUUAAAGGGUUUCUGGAUGAUAGCUCAAGAACCCUUGGGCCUAGGAUCAUGAAAGUUGAUAAGGAGCUUGGUCAUGACCAGCAGAUGACCCCUAUUGAUUUUGAGGUCAAAGGUCAAGGUCACAGUGACCCGGAACAGUUAAACGGUAUACGGAUAACUCAAGAACACUUGGGCCUAGGAUCCUGUAAGUUGAUAGAAAGGUUAGUCAUGACCAGCAGAUGACCCGUAUUGAUUUUGAGGUCAGUAGGCCAAAAGGUCAAGGUCACAGUGACCCGGAACAGUUGAACGGUUUCCGGAUGAUAACUUGAGAAUGCUUGGGCCUAGGACCAAGAAACUUAAUAGGGAGGUUGAUCAUCACCAGCAGACAACCCCUAUAGAUUUUGAGGUCAAAGGUCACAUUGACCUAGAGCAGUAGAACUUUUCGACUGUGACCAAAUCAUUUCUGUUCCUUGUGCAAUUACUGAAUGCAUCAAGGGGGGCAUUUCAUGUUCUACGAGCUCUUGUUUUGUUUUUUUUUGGUCCACUUUUUCUUGAAUACUGUAAGAGCUAUAGCUUAAAAAAAAUGUACACUUGUUUAUUAUCACUAGAUUAGUAAGCAGGUCAUAACUCUCUCUUGCAUUGUUUUUAGAAUUAUGACCUUUUUAACUUAGAAAAUAUGUUUUUUUAGCUCACCUGUCACAUAGUGACAAGGUGAGCUUUUGUGAUCACGCAGCGUCCGUGCGUCCGUCCGUCCGUAAACUUUUGCUUGUGACCACUCUAGAGGUCACAUUUUUUGUGGGAUCUUUAUGAAAGUUGGUCAGAAUGUUCAUCUUGAUGAUAUCUAGGUCAAGUUCGAAACUGGGUCACGUGCCGUCAAAAACUAGGUCAGUAGGUCUAAAAAUAGAAAAACCUUGUGACCUCUCUAGAGGCCAUAUAUUUCAAAAGAUCUUCAUGAAAAUUGGUCAGAAUGUUCACCUUGAUGAUAUCUAGGUCAAGUUCGAAAGUGGGUCACGUGCCAUCAAAAACUAGGUCAGUAGGUCUAAAAAUAGAAAAACCUUGUGACCUCUCUAGAGGCCAUAUAUUUCAUUGGAUCUUCAUGAAAAUUGGUCAGAACGUUUAUCUUGAUGAUAUCUAGGUCAAGUUCGAAACUAGGUCACAUGCCAUCUAAAACUAGGUCAGUAGGUCAAAUAAUAGAAAAACCUUGUGACCUCUCUAAAGGCCAUAUUUUUCAUGGGAUCUGUAUGAAAGUUGGUCUUAAUGUUCAUCUUGAUGAUAUCUAGGUCAGGUUUGAAACUGGGUCAACUGCGGUCAAAAACUAGGUCAGUAGGUCUAAAAAUAGAAAAACCUUGUUACCUCUCUAGAGGCCAUAUAUUUCAUGAGAUCUUCAUGAAAGUUGGUCAGAAUGUUCACCUUGAUGAUAUCUAGGUCAAGUUCGAAAGUGGGUCACGUGCCGUCAAAAACUAGGUCAGUAGGUCAAAUAAUAGAAAAACCUUGUGACCUCUCUAGAGGCCAUAUUUUUCAUGGGAUCUGUAUGAAAGUUGGUCUGAAUGUUCAUCUUGAUGAUAUCUAGGUCAAGUUCGAAACUGGGUCAUGUGCGGUCAAAAACUAGGUCAGUAGGUCUAAAAAUAGAAAAACCUUGUGACCUCUCUAGAGGCCAUACUUAUGAAUGGAUCUCCAUACGAAUCGGUCAGAAUGUUCAUCUUGAUGAUAUCUAGGUCAAGUUUGAAACUGGGUCACGUGCCAUAAGAAAACUAGGUCAGUAGGUCAAAUAAUAAAAAAAAACCUUGUGACCUCUCUAGAGGCCAUACUUUUCAAGGGAUCUGUAUGAAAGUUGGUCUGAAUGUUCAUCUUGAUGAUAUCUAGGUCAGGUUUGAAACUGGGUCAACUGCGGUCAAAAACUAGGUCAGUAGGUCUAAAAUUAUUAAAAUCUUUCGACCUCUCUAGAGGCCAUGUUUUUCAAUGGAUCUUCAUGAAAAUUGAUCUGAAUGUUCACCUUGAUGAUAUCUAGGUCAGUUUCGAAACUGGGUCAUGUGCUGUCAAAAACUAGGCCAGUAGGGAUAAAAAUAGAAAAACCUUGUGACCUCUCUAAAGGCCUAUUUUUUCAUGAGAUUUUCAUGAAAAUUAGUGAGAAUGUUCACCUUGAUGAUAUCUAGAUAAAGUUCAAAACAGGGUCACAUACCUUCGAAAACUAGGUCAAUAGGUCAGAUAAUAGAAAAACCUUGUGACCUCUCUUUGAGACCAUAUUUUUCAAUGGAUCUUCAUGAAAAUUGGUCAGAAUUUUUAUCUUGAUAAUAUCUAGGUCAAGUUCAAAACUGGGUCACAUGAGCUCAACAACUAGGUCACUAUGUCAAAUAAUAGAAAAAACGACGUCAUACUCAAAACUGGGUCAUGUGGGAAGAGGUGAGCGAUUCAGGACCAUCAUGGUCCUCUUGUCUUGGUUAUUUUUUUGUUUAGGUCCACAUUUCUUGAAUACUGUAGCUUUGAGACUUUAUAUGUGCUUUGUCAUCAAUGGGUGAGUAAGGAGACAAAGAAGCAUGCAUAACUCUUCCUGCAUGUUUCCUUACAUCAAGCACAUACAGAUGAGGGAACCCCAGGGAGUACUAGGCUUGCUUCAUAAAGUCAUCUGUCCAUACACAAUGUAUCACAACAGUGUAUAAAACUCUUCCAGCACCUAAAUAUAAAAAUUUAACCAAACUUUAGAAAGAGUCAGAAAAAGAUGGCACACCUGUACAAAUGUUUCAAUUUUGCAGUCUCAGUAUAGAAAAAUCAUGAAAUUUUGAAAGAUGAAAAUAGAAGUGAUCUGAAGAAAUAUAAUUUUCCCUUUAACUAGAAAUAAAUUAGCCCUUAUUUCAUUUGUUAGCUACCGUUUUUGUAAAGUGGUGUAUAUAUUGGUUCCAUUGAAGAUUAAAACGUAAUUGUGAUGAAGUUGUAAAUUUGUGUUAAGAUUAUCUGUGGGAAUAUGAUUCAGUGGUGCCAUGUUUAGUAACCAUGAACUUGUUUAUAAUUUGUUCUAUCAUCCCUAUUCAUAAUACUGAAAAUAACCUUCCAAAGUUGUACUUUUCUGAUUACUGAGAAUUUUUUAGUAAUAUACAGGUACACAUUAAAGUCAGAUAAGAACUUAUUAAAACAUUUUGUAUCUGUGUUAGCAUAUUUCUGUGCAAUAUUACAAAAAAAGAAAGAAAAUGGCUUCAUAAUUUUUAAAUGAUUUAUACAGUUUAUAGACUGGAUCUAACUAAAUUAUGUUGUAUACUAGAACAUAUUUAAUUUUAUUUUUGAUUGCAUAUCUUCAAAACUUGAAAAUACAAAUUCUCAUGAUUCUCACAAGCUGGUUAGGUGGGGCACUGUGUAUUUUAAUGAAAUGAAAUUAGCCAUUGCUGUAUUUAUGUAGCUGAUUUCACAUCAAAUAAUAAUAUUUUUGUUUCAGUUAUAAAAAAGAAAUAGUUAUCUUGCAAUUUUUUUCAAUAAAAGUUGCAUAUAUA